CAGGUCACGUGCAUCCUGCGGGAGGCGGCGCGGCGCGGGGGGUUACUCGUCGGUCCUCUGCCCCUUUGCCCGCUAUGUUGCCGCUGCCGCCCGGGCUCCUUCGCCACCUGAAAGAGAGGCUGCCCCUAGCCGCUGUCCCGCCACCCAUCCCCUCCGUACCCCCCACCCCGCCUUUCGACUUCACUCCUCACCGUCUCCGCCUCGGUCCCCAGCACCCGCUCCUCGAGGAUGGGGACGUUCACCGACACCUCUACCUCCAGGGUGUCCUUAUCGGCCUGGCGGAGGUGGCCGAGAGACCCAGGGUGUCAGCAUUCACUUGCCACAUCUCAGGGUGCUGCCAGGUCUUUGACACACUGGAGGGGUAUGAGCACCACUACAACACUCUGCACAGGAACGUCUGCUCCUUCUGCAAGCACUCCUUCCCCUCAGGGCACCUUCUGGAUAUUCAUAUCUUGGAGUGGCAUGACUCACUCUUCCAGAUCAUGGCUGAGAAGCAAAACAUGUACAGGUGUUUGGUAGAAGGCUGUGCAGAGAAGUUCAAGAGCAGCAAGGACAGAAAGGAGCACUUGGUCACUGUCCACCUUUACCCUGCUGACUUCCGCUUCGAUAGACCCAAGAAAGUGAAAAGUGGCCCCAAGCAUGGGAGCUCCCCCACAGUGCAGGCUGCUGGUAUGCCGAUGGAUGUGAGCAUGGAGACUUCGGAGCAGUUCCAAGUGGACCCCAUGGAAGUAGGGACCAGCAAGAACAUGGAGAUCCUUCAGCCUGCAGCCAGGCACUCAGUGCUGGAGAAACGACUCUAUAAAUCCAGGAUCCCUUCCACGAUUUGCUUUGGACAAGGUGCCACCCGAGGAUUUAAAGGACCAAGGAAGAAAGUCUGAAAGUCAGUCCACCAACCUUGUGCCAGGUGGGAGGGCACCAGCCACUCUUGCCUGCAGACAUCAGCCAUGGCACUUUGGCUGAGCAGGGCUGUUUGCAGUAACCUAUAAGGGCCCUAGGAAGAUAGAAGGACCAAACCAGUGAUGAUGUGGCUUCAUUUUGGGAUGCAUGCAUACCUUGGGAGGUGCUAUGCUACAGGCCCUUUUGUGUCUCUGCACCACCUCCCUUAACAUUUAAAGCCUGACCCAUGCUCACAUUCAUUCUGUCUGAGACACAAUGCUGUUUUUGUGAUCCUCUGUGGUGGUUUGGGAGUUUCAUACACACACAUAUAAGAUUCACCAGACUAACUCAGCCAGCUGGAAGUUAAGAAUGAAGCUAUAUUUUACAAUGUAGCACACAUUUACAAGCAUAUGUAUACAAUCUAUAUAGAUCUUUACAACUAUAUACAGUUAUAGAUUCAUAGAAUCAGUCAGGGUUUGAAGGGACCAUAAGGAUCAGCCAGUUCCAGCCCCCCUGCCAUGCCCAGGGACACCCUAUCCUAGAUCAGGCUGCCCAGAGCCUCAUCCAGCCUGCCCUUAAACACCCCUAGGGAUAGGGCCUCAACCACCUCCCUGGGCAACCCAUUCCAGGCUCUUACCACUCUAUGCUGAAGAAUUUCCUCCUCACGUCCAGGCUGAAUCUCCCCACCUCCAGCUUUGUUCCACUGGGCACUCCCUCACAGUCUAAAAAGUCCCUCCCUAGCUUUUUUGUAGCCCCCUUUCAGAUCCUGGAAGGCCACAAGGAGGUCACCUGGGAGCCUCCUUCAGACUGAACAGCUCCAACUCUUUCAGUCUGUCCUCACAGCAGAGCUGCUCCAGCCCACUGAGCAUCCUCAUGGCCUUUCUCUGGACACACUCCAGCAUAUUCACAUCCUUCUUGUAAUGGAGGCUACAGAACUGGAUGCAGUACUCCAGGUGGGGUCUCAGCAGAGUGGAGUAGAGGGGGAGAAUCACCUCCCUCAACCUGCUGGCCACACUUCUCCUGGUGCAGCCCAGACUCUGGGUGGCUUUCUGGGCUGCAAGUGCACACUGCUGGCUCCUGUUAAGCUUCUCGUCCACCAGCACGCCCAGGUCCCUCUCCUCAGGGCUGCUCUCCAGCCAGUCACUGCCCAGCCUGUAUUUGUGCUUGGGAUUGCCUUGACCCAGAUGCAGGACCUUGCACUUGGUCUUGUUGAACCUCCUGAGGUUAUAUACAAGUUAAAAGUAAUACAGACAUUCAGAACUCCUCCCAAACAGCAAAAGCCACCCAGGAGGGCUCCAAACUAACUCCCUUCCUACCCACCCCCUCCCUUAUCUCAGAAGGGGUGAGACUGACAGGUAAGGAGUUAGAAGAGGAAUAAUUAGAUUGAGUUAUACAGGUCCAGGCAAAGGAGUUAAUGAAGUAAGUGGCAACCAGAGAGAGACUGACAAUAUUUGUUUAUAACAGUUUUGGCUUUUUAUGUCCCGCAAGCAGAACCAGUGAGUGAUACAGACUUCACUAUUAUUUUCUUUUCACAACCAAUAAUCUAAUUUCUCUCAUUAAAAUAUUCCAAUUAGCCUCAAA